AUGCCGUUCGUCGAGAGAUUCCUGCAAAUUAGUAAUUUUGUUAUGAACGUUUGUCUCGCCGAGGCCGUACAAUUUGUCCAGGACUUAACGCACGCCAUUUGUUUGGACCUUAAAGGCUUAUUCAAUCUCAAAUAA